GCCACGUAAGCAGUGCCACGUCAGCAUGACGGGUCCAGCAAUGGGCCUGCCAGGCCAACUGGCCAAUGAGCCCAUUGCCGACUACAAAGAGCGCUUCCAGGCUCAGCUCGCUUUCAUUGAGGCUGAGGAACAACGCCAGAUGGCAGCCGCGGUGGCAGCCGCAGCUGCCCGCCUACAGGCUGAAGAAGUGGCAACAGCAGAGAAGCUGCGGCUACAGGCCGAAGCAGACGCAGAAGCCCAGGCUCGCCGCAAGGAAGCCCAGGAUCUGCUGCAGCGGCAUGAAGCCAACAGCAUCGAGAGACUCAAGUUCUGGCACUUUGAACCGAAUGGCGACGACGCAACACCGGAAGAAAAGCACAAGGAGUUCCUCUCCAAACUCGUGACACGGUUGUUGUGUGCUUGCAACUACCAACGGUCCGAGUUAGAGAAACAAAACCAGGAACUGCAGCAAGAGUACCAGGUUCUGAAGACACAACACCACGAGUUGGCGAACCUCCGCCGGAUGGUGCAGAGCCACGAGGAUGCAACACGGGCACUCAAUUCCCGUGUACUGGACCUGGAACAGGCUGUACCAGGACCAGAUGUUGGGGCUUCCAGUAGUGCACCCUCUAGCCGCCAACUGGAGGAACGCGUYGACCACAUCCUCGCAAUGCUCGGCGACAUCAGCACCUUCGCUGCACCGACCACCAUCAACAAUCAGCUGGACACUUUGAAGACCGAGUUCCAGCAACUGCAGUCGACGAACACGGAUGGCAACAAUCCUAAGCAAUACAAGAUGCCAAUUUUUCAAAUGGAGAAGUUCGACGACUACACGCAUCAGCCCGGUGCUCUGGCGGGAAGCUUUCAUGACGCAACUGCGGAUUCUGCCUGUCGCCAAGCACGCGUACAUCGGCGCCCUGUUCAUGAACUCAAAGGGCGGAUGCCAGAUCUGGUUGACUCACCAGGCAGCCACCCACAGCGUCGACGUCGCCAUUCUGAAAGACAAGAUCACAUGGGAAGAGUUAACAUGGUUGUGGAAGAAGCGGUUCAUCGUCGACGACGCACCAGCACUAGCCAUCAACCGUCUUUUCACCAUGUCUCAAGGCAACACAGCAACACGUGACUGGCUCACGGAAUGGCAGAAGAUCGC